AUGCGUGAAUUCGCCUGUCUGCCCUCGAGUGGGACCACCAAGGGAGUGCACUACGUGCAAAGCAUGGGGCGGAUCAUGCUGAAAUAUGUUCUCCGAGAUGAGGCAGCUUCGCUCUGUGCUGGAGAUCUCUGUGUAGAGCUCUCAAGCUGGGAGCUAAAGGUCAAGGCUCCUGGAAGACAGGAUCUCGAUGGCCUCCUGGCGCCUGUCAGUGGCACGCUGUACGGGGAUGUCAGGCGCGACCUCUCCUGGUGGACAUUGGAAACGCAGGACGGAGCGAAUGUCCUCACUAUAGAGCUGGCCAAGCGUGAUCACAAGGCUUGGAAUGCCGUUUGGAAACUAGGGCUCAGCCACCACCGCAAGAGCCACUUCGACUGGACUCCUGCAGCCCGCACAUCCGUCAAGAAGGCGGAAGACAUGCUGGUCAAGGUAAAGCCCGGCCAUCUGCAGAGAAAGCAGGACUCUUUUGUGGUUCGGCGGGAGGAUCUUUGCUCUGCCUUGGAAGAUGGCCAGGACGACAAGACAGCUAUCUUUCGAAUCCACCUCGACAAGGCUUCCAUGGAGAAGGCAUGUGAGACCACAUGCCUCGCCGACUUGUUUGGAGUGGACGUCAUGGAGCAGUACUUCAAAGUGUUCAUCAGAGGAGAUGAAAAGUCUCCAAUUUUGAUGGGGCAGCUCUUUGACAAGGUUGUUCCUGACAAAACACGCUGGGACAUCGUCAAGGCAGCAGCUCCCGUGGAAGAAGAGUCGCCAGUGAGGAAGUCUGCGCAGUACAACACGUGCUUGCAGGUGACGCUCACGAAGGCAAAGCCUUCCAAGAAGCACUGGCCGCAGCUGCUGGAGGAGAAUGAGCUUGUCCUACAGAGAGAAGCGGCGCCUCAGAUUGAGGACCUGCAUGCGAAGGCGCUUCGAGCGCCCUCCCCGGAUCGCAGCAGCUGGUCUCCAAAGGAGCUGGCGCAAGACUUCAAAGCCAAGGCAGAUGGAUGCUUCAGGAAUUCAGCCUGGCGUGAUGCAGCGGUGUACUACACGCGCGCCUUGAACCAGACGCCAGAGGAAGAGAAGCUAUUCUCGAACCGAUCAGCGUGUUAUGUUAAGCUGAAGAAGUUUGACAAGGCCCUGGCAGAUGCCAAGCGAUGCGUGUCGCUGAAGCCGGACUGGCCCAAGGCAUACUUCAGACUUGGCCAGGCGCACCGAGGCCUCAAGCAGUGGGAGGAGGCCAUCGAUGCCUUCAGAGAAGGUCUCUUCAGGGAACCAUCGAACAAGGAGUGGGCCAGAGAAAUCGAGAAGACGGAGGAGGAGCAGGAACGAUGGGAUGCUCAUGUAGCGCAGCAGAGGAAGCUGAAGCGAGAAGCAGACAAUGUCACAGAGCUCAAUGAGGCCACGGUGGUCGCCGAAAGAGAAGCCAUGGUCGCUGUUGCCGAGCAGGCUAUCAAAGCGGGGAAGAGCCGCAAGGAAGCUGGCGAACUUGCACUGAAGGGUGCGGAACUUGCCAAGCAGCGCGUGCAUGACAUGGCAGCGCAGAAGAAGAAGGCCAUGAUGGUGGAGGACGACCAGGAGUUAGAUGCUGCCGCACCAUACCGAAUCGUGUGUGAGGAUGGAUCUCUCCACAGCAAAUCUUUCGCUCACACCGACAAGGGCAUGUAUUUCAUGGGGAUGACCUUCAUGAACUACAAGGCUGGCCCGACGAAUCAGCCCUGGAUCGAGAUCCGGCACCCUGGGAAGCUUCGCUGGUCCCAGGGAUGUGCAGUCCUACGCCUCAAGGUGACUCUGCCUGAGACCAUCCGCGGUGCACAAGAUGUUGAUGUAGAGCUGACUGCCAGCAGCCUGCGAAUAGGUACCGUGGGCGACACGGAUCCGAUCAUUGAGGGCAAGUUCGAUCGCAAGGUGGAUCCGAACGGUGAAAAUUAUUCUUGGUUCCUCAUCCCAGAGGAAGUCCCACCCAUCAUGGAGCUGACGUUGGACAAGGACGCCUCGGAGGUGUACCAGACCUACAGCUAUGGCACCUUGCUGUGGCCACGGUUAUUCAACGACGACAUACCGUUAGGAGAAGGCUUGUUUGAGGCAGACUUGACAGAUCUGCCCCCGCACUUACUUCAGAAGUUUCAGGAGGAGCAGGAGAAAUCGGACCAAAAGUCACGAGAGGAAAAGCAACGAAGGCAGAUGAUGACGGAGGAAGAGGUCGCUGAGGAGACUGCCAGGCUGUGGAAUGACGAGUUUGCCAGACAUGGCAUCCCACAUCGCGUGGAUUCGAUGGAGGACAGGCGGCUUGAGAGCUUUCAGAAGUGA